UGCAACUUCAGUGUCCAAGAAGCUGGCAGAAAGAACCUGAGUGGUGAUAUCAAUUUUGGUGAUUUGGUCAGGUUCGGAUUUAUCAUAAGGCAAGGUGAAACGUUGAAAAUAGAAACAGCCAUGAAGUUAAAUGUUGCAAAAAAGUCGAAAAAGGAUCUCAACAAUAUGGAAGAAAACAAUGAAAAUAUUGAAAACAGAAAACUUAUCGAAACUAUUGAAUAUGUUGUUUUAAGAAAACUCGACAAAAAGAUUAAAAUAUCGAACAACGGCAGAUCAUUCUGCUGUAAUGCAUUUCUCAUUGCAUUAUUUUCAUUCGGCGUGAUUGGAUUAAUGAAUUUCAAAGCACUGGAUCCUGAAAUACACGGAAAAGAUAUGCCAGCUCCAGAUGCUAACUAUUUCGUACCAAGUGGGUGUGAAUGCGUUCAUAAGACGAAAGCAAAAACUUGGAAUUCUUCAGGGGGACAGUUUGAUAUAUAUUUUCCGUUCUCAGAUGAAAAGUUUGAAGUGUAUUGUGAUUUCAGGCCUGAUGAUGGGAGCUGGACAGUUUUUCAACGACGUCAGGAUGGAUCUGUCGACUUUUUCCGAAACUGGAAUGAUUAUGUUACGGGGUUUGGGGAUAAUGACAAAGAGUUCUGGAUUGGUCUGAACAAUCUUCACAAAUUGUCAAAUUAUGGAGAAUAUGAACUGCGUGUUGAUAUGAUGGAUUGGGAUAAUAAUAAACGUUUUGCUAAAUACGGAACAUUCAACGUGGGUGAUGAAUCAACAGGAUACAAACUUACCGUUGGUGAAUACAGUGGCAACGCAGGCGAUUCUCUCGCUGACCACAAUAAUAUGAAGUUUUCUACCAAAGAUUUCGACAGAGAUAGCGACGGCACAAAUUGUGCUAGUAUUUACAAUGGUGCCUGGUGGUAUAAUUCUUGCCACGCGUCGAAUCUUAACGGACUUUACGUUAAAGGAGCAGCACCGUAUGGAAAAGCAAUAAAUUGGUUUCAUUGGAAAGGACACAAAUAUUCUUUAAAAUUCACGGAAUUGAAAUUUAGGAAAAAAUAUCAUUGCUGAAUAAGUUGUUCAUUGUGGGUUACUUAUAUAAUAAUUACAUUACAACAUUACAAUAUAAUAUUACUAACUGCGUUACAUUAAAUAUACUUGGCAGAUUUUUAUGCGGGCUUAUAAUAGCCCAAUGCAUUAAAAGCGUUGAUCGCCCAAAUUUGAAUAAAAAAUGAUAAUUUCGUAUUAUGACAUGAGUAAAUAGCUUACUUGCUUAUUUUAAACGCAAUCUCAAAUAGUUACUCAACACAUGCUUGUUUUGGCUUAUACUUAGUAAGUUGUUUGAUACCAAAUUCCAAUUUCGAUUAUUUAUCCAUGAUAUUGCUUUGUAUAAAUAAUUGUGUUUGAGCCUUCAACAACCCAAUGAAUAAGGUUAUUAGGACCUUUUAUGUCUUUUAGAGUACUAUACUUGCAAAUGUGUGGACUUUAUUUAGCUAAUGUCUUAAUUCAUAAAAUAAACUGUGUCAAACUAAAGUUUAUACUCGAUUACGUAGCAGUACUUCGACGGACGUUCAAUAGGCUCAGUUUGUGUAAGGUUUUAAUAUUAUAAGCAAUACGUCCUUUGUUAGAAUAUCUUGCUGAUUACGAUAAUCGGAGUCUAACGAAGAUAUUCUGCAUUUUACGCCAGUAUAUUGGACACAGUGUUAUCUCGAAUGUGAUUAUUUAGUGGAAAAUGUUCAACGAGUUAUUGUUUUGCAUUAUAGUGAUUACAUUCUGUGAGUUGUAUGUUUUUAAAUUUGAAAACUUUGUUUGAAUAAUGUUAGAAAAAUUAUUACAGGUUGUACUUUGUUUUUUUCAUCGUUUAUAUAUAACUAAUAUAUUCUUUGUUACUAAUUAACAUUUUUUUCAAACAGAAGUGUUUGCGUGGUUGCAUACAGCAGAGUCACCAACAACGCCAAGAACAACAUUUUUCAAACUUUCUCCAUUCACAAAUAUCAACUGAUUUCCAAAUUUUAAAUUAGAACUAAACAAUUAGAGUUGCUGGCGUUGGAAUUCAUUAGGAAGGUAUUUGAUUUGGAUUUUCAAAAGACGUUUGUUUUAUUACACGGUUAUAAGGAGACUAACUUUUCAUAUCGAUUAAAUUCGGUGGAGUGAUUUGCAAAGGCAAAUCAAUGAGCCUAGGUGAAGUCAAGGGUUUUUUCUCACAAUAUAUGAAACCGACUAAUCGAAUACUAAGCAAAAAAGCUCAAACAUAUGGACACGAAAGCCGUGCAUCAGUUGGUAGAGAAUUAUCUGAGCACCGAGCUGGUUGAAAGAACCGGGUUUAUGUGUAACGGAACAGAAAUUCUGGAUUAAAAUAAAAUAGCCAAAUUUAUGUUUUCUUGUUUAUAAAUACGAUGAAAUGAAUCAAGUGGUACCAAGUAUCUUUUGAAAACGCCUAAAAUUUGAAUUCAAAUACGUAUGUUUAUGAUCUUGUACGGAAAAGGGAGAUCGCUAGAAAAAUAAAACAUUUGUCAAACACAGCUAUUUAUAUUUACAAAUGAUGAUUUGAAAACGAGCUUGGGAAGAGCAUAGAACGAUAUCUCACAAGUUAACCUUCAAAACGCUAUACGAGCUUGGACUUUUAGAUUAAGACACUUCUAUGAAGUGCACGGACGACAUUUUGAGCAUCUGAGUGUAAUAUAACAUAUGCUUUUAAAAACUUUGUAAUAUUUAUCUUUUGUAAAAAUAAACAGCUGUUUGACAAAUUUUCUGAUUUUCUAGCGACCACCCUGUAUAUGAAUACACAAAAGCUUGAAUUGACUAAGCGUGUAGGGGUGAAUCUGAUUUCCAAAUUACAUAACUAAUUCAUUUAAUCCUCUCAUCUUUGUUAAUAGCUUGAGAUGUUGUUGUUUCGUCACGCGACUGCAAUGUUUAUCCUUUGGCGAUAAAGCAGAUUUAUCCGCACUAAUGCACGCUGAAGAGCUCAAAUUUAGCAUAAAUUUGGUGAAAUUGAGCUGA